UGGAUAAACCUUUCUGUCAGGCUUUCCUGUUCUGUCCUGUCCAACGCCAUCAAACACUGUUUCAGAUCAUUUGGUUCUUCAAAAUGGGGUGGAAACCAUAUCAAACACGGAUAUCUAACGCCCUUCUUUUCACGUUACAUCUUUGUUAAUGAAUCAUAUAGUUUGAGAUCUCUGAUUUUACAUACAAUAUUUGAUCCUAUUGCUUCAGACUGCUAUGGAGUUCUUCCAAAAGGCCAAAGAGGUGCGUUUCCGGAGCCGCCACGACAAGUACCUAUUAGCCGAUGAUGAUGAAGAAACUGUAUGCCAAGAUCGCAACGGCGCGGUCAAGAAUGCUAGGUGGACGGUGGAGAUUGUUGAGAGUGUCAACGCUUUACGCCUCAAAAGCUGUUAUGGAAAGUACUUGACGGCCUCCGACAUGCCAUUUCUACUGGGAAUGACGGGCAAGAAAGUCCUGCAAACGCUGCCAAAAAGAUUGGAUUCUUCGGUGGAAUGGGAGCCCAUUAGAGAAGGAUUCCAGGUCAGGCUCAAGACGCGUUAUGGCCAAUUCCUGCGCGCAAAUGGCGGCGUUCCGCCUUGGCGGAACUCGAUCACGCAUGACAUUCCACAUAGAACUGCAACACAGGAUUGGGUUUUGUGGGAUGUGGAUGUGGUGCAGAUUCAAGUGCAAUCUCUACCAACUCAACCGGCAUCAAAACCCCUCAGUCGAAGCGAUUCUUCCUCUUCAGAAGCAAGUUCCAAAAUUGAACUUAUGUCUCCUCAAGCCAGAGAAGAGUUGAGCGAUGAGUUUGAUGGUUCACCCGUGAAAAGUGAAGGCAGGGUAAUUUAUUAUAAUGUGGCUAAUGAAAAUGGAGACGUUGAUGAUGAAUCCGAAGGACUUUCCUUUACAUUCAAGGGGAGUAUUGUGGAGGAGUUGAAGGAAAAGUUGAAGGAAGAGACAGGACUCAGUGAUAUCCUCGUGUGUUCUCGCAAUCCCUUGAGUGGGAAACUUUUCCCCCUUCGCUUACAUCUUCCUCCCAACAAUUCUGAUAUGCAUGUUGUUGUGGUUCCCUCAUCAUCAGAAGGGAGUCCUACUGAACGUUAAUCCGACUUUACAUUUGUAGCAGAAGUUAAACAAAAUAAUGUAUCUGCAUAUUGUGUACAAUCAUCUUUGGAUCUGCUUGUACUAGCAAAUAGAAAUUGGGGACUAGCUGGAUAAACUGUUUUCCAUCAUUCACACCACUAGGGCAAGGAAGUACCGCAAGAUGCACAGAAGAUAACUGUCUUUCAAAUUUGCUGCCAGGUUUCUGAAAUUUUGUGCCUUGAAAUGUUUAGGGAUUCCUGAAUUUUCAUCAUUUAGAGAGCUCUUAUUAUGGAAAACAACUUGUUCGGCAACUUUCUGUAUCAUUUUAAAAAUUCAUCUUUUUAGUUCAAUAUC